AUGUUUUGUAACGGUCACACUGUUAACAACGUGUGUGGUUGCUGCUUUGAAAAUCCUGAGCGAAAUAUUGACUUUUGACUGCAAAAUGGGCAAAGAUCGUGGCAGGGGACGCAGAAACCAUCAUUCCAAGCCCUAUAAUAAAAGUAAUUGGCGUGGUCAGAAGAAGGAGCGCUCGCAGCACAAUGGAAACCCACGCAACAGAUCAGCGCCACAGCAAAAGUCCACACUGCUCGAGAACCAGGUGGGCAUCACGGAAUUCACCAAUGCGGAUGCUCCCGGAUUUACGGGCAUUUUGAAAUCGCGCUUCUCCGAUUUCCAUGUCAACGAAAUUGAUAGCGAGGGGCACGUGCUGGAACUGAAUGAUUCCACCGUGCCAAAGGCAACCGUAGAGGCUGUGGAUCCAGAAAAGUUGGCUGAGUGGCGCAAGGAGCUGGAGGAGGUGACUGGGCCAGAGGUCUGGAAGGAUAUAGCCAGCUUGGCGCAGGCCAAAUUUGAUCCAAAAACUGAGCAGAAAGUAGAGAUCGAUGUGAGCAGCCUGGACAAAGACAAGCGGACGAAAAUACAUCAGUUGGUGAAGCAAUUGUACACGGGCAAGCUCGUCUCCACCACAUUGGGCCAGCCGCAGGAGGAGCAACAGGUGACAGUGGAGGAACCGGCAGCCAUCCCAGUGGAGGAAAAGAAAACCAUACGCAUAAUGAGACCAAAGCAUGGACGCGGCGACAAUCGGUGGAACUUUCCUGGCGAGUAUGUCACCUUCCUGGUGCACAAAACGAAUAUAGACACCGGAGAGGUGGCCUCCACCCUAGCCUCGCGCCUAAACUUGCGACCCUCGCAGGUCAACUACUGUGGAACCAAAGACAAGCGCGCCAAGACGACGCAAAACUUCUCCAUCAAACGCCGCUCGCCCGAGAGCAUAAUCAAUGCAGCACGAGCCAUACGAAAUGUAUUUUUCGGCAACUUUAACUUCAGAUCCACGACCCUUAAGCUGGGCGAUCUGCAGGGCAAUCGUUUCCGCAUUGCCUUGCGUCACAUAGCCAAGGAGCGGCAGGCAGAUAUCGAGGCUUCGCUGGAGUCCCUCAAGGAGCGCGGCUUCAUCAACUACUACGGCCUGCAGCGGUUCGGCAAUAGUGCCAGUGUGCCAACCUACGAGGUGGGCGUGGCGCUGCUGAAGCGAGACUACAAGUUGGCCUGCGAGCUGAUCCUGAAGCCCCGUGACACGGACAUCGAGUUUAUGCGUGCCAUACGAGAGGAAUGGUGGGAGAAACGCGACUCUGCGGCGGCGGCUGCAAAGUUCUAUGGCGACAAGUUCAUCGAGAAGAAGCUGCUGGAUGGCCUGGCCAGAUUUGGGGAGACCGACUAUUCCUCAGCUUUGCGGCAGAUACCGCGCAACAUGCUGAUGCUGUAUCCGCAUGCCUAUCAGAGCCUGAUCUUCAACCGCAUCGCCUCGAGGAGGAUCAAGGAGUUCGGCCUCAAGCUGAUCCCCGGCGACUUGGUGUAUGCGGAGCAGUCGGAGGCAAUGGAGGAGGACAACCAGGUUGAACCGCUAGAGACUGAAGCGGCUGAGACUGACGAAGAACUUCCAGACGGUGUCGAAGAAGAUGUCGAUGCCGUUGCGCUGGAGGAGGAAUCGGUGUUCAAGCGCAAAGUGCGAGCGCUGAGCGAGGAGGACAUUGCCAGCGGCAAGUACAAGCUCUCUGAUGUGGUCCUGCCCUUGCCCGGUCACGACAUUACAUAUCCCGCCAACGAGUGCGGAGCGUGGUACGAGGAGAUGAUGGCCGAAGUGGGCCUCUCCUCGGAGCUGCUCAAGCACAAGGAGAAGACGUACGCCCUGGGGGGUGCCUACCGCAAAAUGAUCAUUCAGCCGAACGACUUGAAGUGGAGUUUCAGGCGUUACAACACGCCCGAGGACACACUGAUUGCCUCCGACUUUGAGCUGAUGAAGGGCAUUCCCAUCACCGCUGAACCCUCCGAGGAGGAGGCCAAGUAUCUGGCCCUCGUGCUGGAGUUCUCAUUGCCCACGGCUGCCUAUGCCACCAUGCUGCUGCGCGAGCUUUUCAAGCAGGAUACCUCGACGGCCACACAAAUGCAGCUGGAGCAGGAGGCGAUGACCAAGAAGGAGGAAAAGGAUACUCCAAUCGUGCAGGAGAUUGUGGUGGAGACUGCGCCGGAGGAGACAGUGGAGCCAGAGAAGGAGGUGGCGGAGGGGCAGUAAGGUACGCCAACAGAAAUCAAUAUGCUCAGGGAAAUCAAUUUUACGCGCGUUGCCCGAUGCUCCCGUUAUUUGUAUGUAAUGAAGUAACUUCGAGCCACAACCACAACAAUAACAAUGCGCACGUGAGAGAGAAGGGGUGUAAGUUCGUUUCCGCUGCCUCUCUCUCUCUCUCUGUAUCUCUAUCUCUCUCCCUCUUCCCGUGGUGCUCUGGGCGCCCAGGCACAAGGUACAUUGAGCAUAAGAUAAAGCCCGCUGACCCACCCUUACUCUCUCUCUCAUUCCGAUAUAGAUUUGUGCCUUACCUUCUAUUCAGUGUACUUUGACCAAGCAAGACCAGGACCAGGACAUUCGACAUUCGUUUGCUGCAUUUAUUCGUAAGCUGUCAGGCAAAGCGAAAGCUUUGGACGCGGCGCAGUUCUACCCCCUGUCCAACCGUCGCACGGCCCUCUGUGUGUGUAGUUUAAACAAAUGCUUUCAAUGCACAAUUAAUAAUAUCAAAUCACAACAAAAAUAAAGUUCAAUUUAACCGUUACAAGUGCAGUGCAACAACAACUACCAGAGAAAGAAAAGCCCAAGGUGAAUUGUUGGUUAAAAUAUUAGUAGAGCAUUUUAGGCGCGAUUUUUAAAAGUUGAAUUUAUUUCAAUAUUUAAACUAAACUUAAAGCCAAGCCAAACAACAGGAAAUGGCACGCGAAUGCCAAAGACUGUGAAUAAACAUUGAAUUGAAAC